AUGAAAUCUAGUAGAAAACGCGAAUCAAAAGAAUACGAUAAUAUCGACACUAUGACUCUUCCUGAAAUGUUUGCCGAAUUGAUGAAUCAUUAUGAUGAUAAAAAGCAUGAUAAACAGAGAAAGGAGGAUUUACGUCAAAAGAUCUCUCUCGCAAAGGAGAAAGAUGCGGAAGAGUUUAUCUCGUGGUUGUCUGGCUAUGAAGACCUUCUAUCGUUCGAAUCGUUUUUUCCUGAACUUCAUGAAGUUUUGUUAAAAAUAUUGUUUCACUGUAAUGUGACGUUCUUUGAAGCAAUACUGCGGAAGGCAUUUAAUGAUAAGCGUCUCAAGAGCCAGGCUUGCGUAAACAUAGUUUCCCUCUUAUUAUUGUCGUAUCCAUUGGAAGUGAAUGUACUGAAGUCUUUUCAAGAGCCCUUGGAAUUGAUUGGAGAGCAAGUUUUGAAUAUGAAGAGGUCCAAGUAUCAAGGUCAAUACUACGUGUUUUUUCAAAGUCUUUACCUGCUUUAUCCGUUUUUAGAUGUGUUCACCAAGCAGCUGAGCAGCGUGUCGGGUGUCCCUUUUGUGGAAAAGAAGUGCUUGGAUCACCUAGCCAAUUAUUAUUUGAAGCUGGGUAACCGGAACGGACUGCUGAAGAAAUAUCCCAAUGGCUACUACUACACGACCGAUCUGGAUACGCUCCUUCUCGAUGGUCACUACGCGGAAGUCGGUACAAGUGCUCCGGAGUAUAAUAACGGCUACUGGCUAUCCGUGCACGAAUUGGAUCGCUCAUCGAACUCCGAAACGAAUGAGACGACCAUGGAAUCGGAGCGAACUCCCCUCACAACGCCCCUCACUGCAACUCCGCUCUCUGUUGAAUCUCCGCAAAUCGUCGAAGAGGAAAUGACGCCUCCGCCUCCUGCACCUUCGCCUCCGCCUCCAGAAGAAGGUGUCGAAGCCCCCAAGAUUGACUGUAUUGCGGUCAAUGUCAGCAGCUCGGUGCUGUUCGACUGCCUACUCGACCCGACCAAUCCGAGCAACCCGCAGAACGUCAGCAUUCCCGUCAAUCCGGAGAGUAUCGCGCAGUCUUCGGCAUGUGACAACUGUACGUUCAGCGAUCUCAUCAGUCUCCCCUCGGGCAGCCAGUACGCGCUGUUCCGGCUGAAGUCCAUCGUUUCCUGGCGCUGCCCAAACUGUGGCGCUCGCAAUUCGCGCGGGAGCAUCUGCAUUUCUUGCUCGUACAGCCUCUCCAAGAAGGAAGAAAUCGAGAAUUUGAAUAGGCACAAAACCGUCACGCCCUGUUUCUCCGCGAAAUCAGCUGCCUAUUACCUUUGCCGCCCUGUUCCGGUGGCAUUGGAGGAACAGCAGGCCACGCCAAGUCGCCAAGUCGCGACCUGUCCCGACGUCUUUGUACAAUACGAUGUCGUCUCCAUGUUCCCGCAUGACCUUCUUCAAUCCUGCACCGCCACGCAGAUCGAAGCUGCUUUACAACUCCAUCCGCACUGCUCGCUGCAGGUCGAUUACACCCCUGAAAAUCUCUACGGCUAUAUUUGUCAUAUUCUGCUCCCAGAACAACCGACUGGCAACAUAAUGUUCUUCGCCUGCGAUCUUUUCUGGCUUGAAUUUGGGAAAACGGACACAUCGAACGUGUAUCUGGUGUCCGGGAAAAACGUGACGAGGAUCAAAACCAACUCUGAAACCAUAGAGACGCAAGGCGAACAAGUGCGGAUCUCUUUUGCCGUGGAUGUGAGGAAAGUCGUUACGAUCCGCUACGGUCUGAUGGAUGACAAGAAGAUCAGCCUGAUGGUCAACUCAUCGCAAGCCAACAUCUAUCUGGAGAAAGCCAUUUCGAACGUGCCGAACCAUUUGAAAUCGCCGUCGGAUCCGAGCGUGGCAUGUUGCAUCGGCGUGCUGGGCAUCUUCCUUUACAGCUUCUCGUCGCCUGAGAGCUGGAAGAACGUUCCCUCGGACGCUGCGAUUCUGAGCACGAUAGGCAGCCAUUUUGGGAAAGAGGAGGGCGCUCGGAAAUACGCUUACUCCAACGCUCAAUACAAAUUGGUUUUACGGGAAGGAAAAGGAUCUUAUCUGGAUACGUGGAGAUACUUUCUGCAUUCCGAUGAUCGAGUGUGCGACAAAAACUGCAUGGCGUCCCGCAAUCAGUUCAUUUAUUCGAACGAAAGCUGCUAUUUCAAUUUCUUUGUCCAGUUCGACUACGAAAAGCACAGUCUCACUCUUGGAAAUAGCUCGAAGUGUGGAUGCCUGUAUUGGAAGUACGCUUUGCCCCUCCCCAAGUUCCAGAUCAAUAUGGACGUGGCACUUACGGAACCAGCGAGCUGCGUGAUGCUUUGGUUUAGCAGCAUGACCAUCCCAUCGUACGUGUAUUUGAGCCAUAUCCAGCGGGAUUUCAUGAGCUUUGUUUCGGAUGCAAAUCCUAAGUUUUCGAAUUGCUAUUACACCAAAUUGCAGAUGGAUCAGCCCGUUAUGUGCGUGAUUCUAUACAGAUCGGAGCAGGGCGUUACGCUUUAUUACACGCGGUCCUAUUACGAUACUGACUACAAGAAGUAUUUCGUCUUUUUGCUAAAGAGCGCUUCUCCCGAAAUGGCCACAAACGGAAAGCUGACGUGCGAAAUUGGCGAGGAUGUUAUGAAAAUCCAAUUUGGAUCGAUCGGCUUCCGUAUUCAGUCCUUUGACAUUCGGCGCUACUUCGCUUGCGACGUUCUUCUUUCGGGAUUAAUCGGUUCCGAUGUGACGAUUUCGUCAUUCACGGCGAGUUCUGCAUUUGCGGAUACCGAUUACUCGCUUCUCACAAACAGCAAGAAUGUUUUACUGCCUUCUUUGGAAUCUGCGUGUUAUAUGGUGAAACGAGAUGCGUAUAUCGUCGCCCCCUGCGAUAUCUCUUACCGCGAUUUCCCGCUGCUUGCGAAUAAGGACCCCUUGAAACGAGAUCCUCCGACGUACAAGACGUCCGGCUGUGUUGCUAUUCGAAACAAGGAAUCCAACUGGGAAUCCUUUGUGAUCUCGCAAGAUCCCAACGAGGAUAAGCUACUUGUUUUCCACUUCUGUGAUGAGGAUUCUGCGUAUAAUUAUAUCUGGAGGAAUAACAACGGCACGUUAAGUCCGAUGAAACUAAUCUUGGAGAGUCGCAAAUCGAACGGCUCCUUCUCUUUUAACACGCGUCUUUCUUCGAGCCAUAGUCUUUGCCGCGGACUCUACAACUUCUUCAAUAUCUGCUUCCAGAACAGCACGCUUCAGCUGCUCUUCCACUCCGACUCGCUGAUAUUAUCCAUCGCGCAGAUGUACAAGUUGUGUGCCGAAUCGGAGAAGAUCAGUGAUACCGACGAGUUCCGCGUUUUAAAGGCAAUUAUGGAAAUCUUCACGCGUCUUCAGUUCUCUUGGUACAACACUGAGUUCAACAACGUUAUGCUGACUCUCAAAGAUCGUUUUGAAAUUGGCACUCAACAUGAUAUGGGAGAGUACUAUGACUAUUUAAUGAACGCAGUUGAUUCGUGUUACCAGAGACUCAUGAAGACGUUGCCUGCUUGCCCUCCGAAUCCUCUCAGUGCUUGGCAAGGCAAGAUAGCCAUCGAUGCCCACUGUGAUCAGUGCAAAAACACCUGGCCUAUGGAAGAGAAGGAUUGCUCGUUGCAGGGCUGCUACAUUUCCUUGGCUUCUCCAAUCUACCCGAUUACUGGCAUCUCGUUCGAGCUGUAUAGUUACGAUAAACCGCCCAAGGAAAGGCCGAAUGUUACCUACACCUAUCUAUUCGACUACAGGGAACAGAGCGUAUAUCUCGCUUUGGAGCGCGACAAAUCGAAGAAGCCGUUCAGUUGUCUUUACCUGGCAAACAAGAAGAGAGAUAUUCCUUAUUCCUUCGUCCCGAUACCCUCGUUCCAUCAGUUCACGCCUUCCUAUUUGUUCGCAUGCGAGUACCAGCCGAUGUACUGCUUCGAGAUGAACGAGAACGCAGUGUUCCAUUCCUACCAGUUGGUUGUGGACGUGCUCAUCCGCGGAGUCGAUAGGAACAAUAAGAAGCUCACGGAGACGAACACCGGAAAAUACCAGCUUCUGGGCAGUUUCUUCUAUCAAUACUACGACGAUUUUUUGGAAUUUGAAAUCUUCCAAAAGGUGGUUGACGCCUCCUUCUGCGAUUUGUCGUCGGUCGAUCUGGGCAUUCCUCAAUCUCUCUCCCUCCCGCAGCCCCCCUUCUUGCCGCGUACCUUGAAAUCCCCAUCGCAAGUGCUGUCCUGCAUCAUGGGCGACAUCGCGAAGGUGGCCAAAGCCCACUCGGACCAUUAUUUGGUGUUCUCCCCCACCGUUUACAUUCCUGCGCUGCAAGACGCGCAGCAACCGCCGAGAAAGGGCUUCUCUGUGAUUUCGAUCGAGCCCAAUACCUUCCAGAUGGCGUUGUAUGUGAAUGGCAAACUGGUGGACACGUGCUCGAUCCAGGACGCUUACAACGAUUUCAAGGUGAUCACGAGGGCCAGCCUGAUGGUGGGGGAGCAAUCCCACUCUGGGAAAGGCUUCCAGAUGGGAGGAAAGCUCUAUUUCUAUAGCCAAAUUACGGGGAUUCUGCACCAGCUGCCUUAUGAAGAGGACAACGGCACGAUCACCCACGUGAGCUGGAAGGGAUUGUCCCUUCAGCUCCAAGGAAUUCAGGCCAAGGGGGAUGUGAACAUGCUCACCUUCUGCGACGACCACGCCACAUUCAUGUUCGAUUUGAAGGACGCUUCGGCGGCCUCCGCUCGUCUCUACAAGAUUACGUGCGGGUCUUCGAGUGAACCGCGCAGCGGGUUUUUGCUCUGCGACUCGACUGGGUGUCAGCUGAUCCUUCCGGGGGAGGCGUCCACGAACAACACGAUCUGCUAUUCGAUGCAUCUGAAGGAAGGGAACGUGUUCGAAGGCGAUUUCAUCCAGCUGCUGAAGAGCAGUUACAGCAAGAAACCGGCUCUGGGCAUCGUGUUCUCCGGUCUGCAAGUGUCCUACGCGGUGUACUCCCCGUCUGUGAGCGAUCUGAGUCUCCAGUCCAUGCUGCAUUCCUCGUUGCAGCUGGGCAUAACGGCCGCAGAUCUGGUCUGCAAUCAGUGCAACGUCACCCUGAAGAAGGAGGCGAGGCUCAGCGUGUUCCCGAGCUAUCUGAAUAUCGCAAUCAGCCGUACCUUCUUCAAUGAAACGACCCACGCUCUGCUCAAGGACUGUUCUCAUGUCUACAUCAACCCGAUCCUAACUCUCUCGGGCGUGCACUAUUAUAUCUAUGCGAUCGUGUGCCAUGUGGGCUAUUCUAUGGACAGUGGCCAUUAUGUGGUACUUUGUCGUCACUCAGACGACGCUUUGAAUAGUUCCCUCAAUAAUAAUGGUAAUCAGUGGGUUUUCUACAAUGACGAGGAAAUCGUCCCUUAUACUUGGGAAGAGGUGCAGCGCGAUAUUUACGAUUAUGGAUACUGUCCGACUUAUGUUGUGUACCAUAAGGAGAUUUCUCUGCAGUCUUCUGGAACCUUGUUACCCAUCUAUUCCCAGAAAGCGAUUCCGUUAUCUCUCUACCCUGAAGAUGUUCUAAGUCAGGUGAUUUUUGUGACCUGGGAUGUUAUUUUAGAUCGAAGAGCGGAAUUCUCCAUUAAGCUUAAAAGUGAAGCACAUUCCUUGUUUAGAGGUUGCUUUAUCUCAGAUUCAAGAAGAAAAGAGAAAAUAAGGUUUUCGGUUUGUUUGUUCGAAACUGGUAUUGCGCAAUGA